GAAACUCGCGCCGCGCCAGUUCUUCCAGAGCCCUCACAACAAGUACCCGCGCCGUGCGCUCGCCGAGUGUAAACAAACAGUGUUGUCAGACUUUAAAUCUUCAAAAUGGCCAUCAGCAGACUGUCCAUCCUUAAGUUCUUGGAGCUGGCUCUGACAUGCUCCUGCGUGGGAAUACACGCAGUGAGCUUCAACGCCGACGUGGAAACAGGCAUGUUGGUGACCGGCACCUUCGUCGGGUACCUCAUCGUCAUCGCCGGCGCAGCCGCUGGUUACAUUCUUCAAACCCCGUCCCACAAGCGCGUAGACAUCUUCUACACACUGAUUGGAGUAGGCCUCUUCAUUGCCAGCGGCGCGAUCCUCAUUGACAGAUUCCACAAUGCCUCCAAGACCGAAUUCGUAAACAAGAAUCUGGCGAAAGCUUCUCUGUCCAUCAUCAACGGCGCUGUCCUGCUCUUGGAUGCCGUCCUCACUCAACGAGGCGGUUAAGUUGACACUUCCCGCCCUAAGCCAGCAAGGACUACUUUAAUACUUAGCACAUUAACAAUACUUCAAGACAAAUACAAUCCAAAGACUUUAAAGAUCUGAAAUGAUCAGAUUUUAAAUUACAAUAGCAAGUACAAAACGUACCUACAGUGAAGAAGAGGUCAGCGGUGGCAGCAUGGUUCCAUUUUUAUCACUUGUCACUAUGCCUGUUACUUUCACGCUUACAUAUUUUUUAGAACGUGACAGGCAUGGUGACAAAUGAUAAAGAGCCGACCAUCUUAGCCCUCCUGCUAGCAAUUGUCAUAUACACACUGUAGAAUAAAACAACGAGGACUAACAGCCAGUCAAGACACCAUAUUGAGGUUAUUUAACCCACCUGCAAAGGUAUUCAUUUUAUAGAUAAAUUAUCUUUAUCUACUUAUAUUUAAGACAUUUAAGGAAUGCACAUUAAUAGAAGCUUUAAUAUUAUUAUUAUUUGGUAAAAACGUACCGUAAUAUACUAUUUUAUACCAAAAGGUAAAAAACAAUUCGUAAAGGCCUAUAUUUAUGUAGGCAUAUCCACACAAUAAUUAUCAUGUACUAAGUACAGGAGAAACAAAGUAUGAAGUUAUCUAAUGUAUUCACAAAACCUCGUUACUCCGUCUCUUCCAAGGUUAUAAGUAAUUUUAAGGUAGACUAUAAUAACUUAUUUUCGACAAUUUUAAUAUUAAUCUAAGACUUCACAUAUUGGUCCAUUUACAGUCAUAACGGCAUUUAAAGUGUUAUUAUACACUCAUAAAUUGUUAUGUAUACAUUCGAGCCUUUCGAGCUUAUAAAUUGCAACUUGUAAAAUGUGUAUCAAUUUUAUACUGCAAAUCUGUGUAUGUUCGUAAAAUGUUUAAACUUGAACUUUUUUUUAUUAAAUGCCUAUUACUUUGUUGA